AUGGAUGCUACUGCAACCUUGUUCCAGAAUAUGGAGAAUCCCGAAGCUCGUUUUCGUGAUACGGAAAUAAAUGCAGUGUUGAUGAUGUUGCAAAAGAAAAGAGAGGAACAUGGCGCAUAUUUCAAUAACGACAAAUUCCCUAGAGCUGCAUUCUGCAAAACAGACUUCUUUUAUGAGCUGUUACAAUGCCACGGCAAAUUCGAGAGGUAUCGAACCAAAUUACCAUUCUCUGAUUGUGUUACAAACAUUGUAAAGGGGACAGUUUUCCCGCACAAGAAGUGGAAGACAUAUAUAGAUGUCGUCUAUGGAGUCAUUAAAUCCAUGGUUCCCCACUGGAUUGGAGUGGAAAUUAAUUUUAAGAGCUGCCAAGUGGAAUGUUUCUCGUGCAAUAGUCAAUGGGAGAAGAAAGGAGUAGUCUUGGAUAUUGUUAGGAGGAUAGCAGAUAUGAUACCUACCCUCCUCGGCAUUGCUGAGAACAAAAAGCCAAAGAGACAUCUGGAACCAUUCAAAGUCGUCCAUCACACUGAAGAAGAGUUUUCCUUGUCCAAUAGAGGUUUCUGGGUGACUGAAUGUCCGUACGAAAACAAGGAUGAUACACAAGUUGAAGAUAGUCAACCAACAGAGGAGAUUCCCCAAGGUGCCACACAUGAGCUUGAAUCUCAUGCAUCUGAGGGUGAUCAAAAACAAGCGCUAACACAAGCCGAAAAUAGUCAAACAACAAUACCUGAAGGGACACCAACACAAGGGAUCCCCACAACACAAGAAAUACCUGAAGCUGAGGGAGACCCAGGACAGGUUCCAACACAGGAGAUCUUUUUUACUGCUGAGAGUGAAAAAGAGUUGGCAGAUUCAAAUUCGGAGGAACGGGAUACUCAGCUGGUACAGUCCCUUACUACCACAGAGCCAAUCAGUGACGAAGAUGUUACUCACAAGGUACAAACCCCGCCUGCGAUAUCGACAUCCAUGGAAACUGUUGGAGGCAAUGAACCCGCGGAGAUGGAGAAUGAUGAUGGGAGCCAAGAAAAUAAUGAAACUACAGUACAAACCCCGCCCGUGGUUACAUCCACGGAGACGGUUGCAGGCGCGGGACAAACAGGAAUGGACAAGGAAGAUAGGACCCAACCAAUGGAGGAGCAACAAACUGUACAAACCCCACCCGUGGUUACAUCCACGGAGACGGUUGCAGGCACUGAACCCACAGAAGUUGACAAUGAUGAUGGGAGCCCAGAAAAGGAUGAAACUACGGUACAAACCCCGCCGGUGGUUGCAUCGACGGAGACGAUUGCAGGCAAGGGACAAACAGAAGUUGACAAUGAUGAUGGGAGCCAGGAAAAAAAUGAAACUACAAAUGUUAAGGGAACAAAUUCUAUGGCUAUUGUUUUAUGGCAACCAUCACCAAGUGGGGCGGGAAAUCAGACGGAUGAGGUUGCUUCGGAGAAGAGGGGAUUAUCCUUCCAGAAGGAUACAGCAUAUGUUGUUGCUAUGGAUACAAGUGCUAACGAAGAGUCUGCUGCUGAACUCCAAAAACAUGUGAAGGUUGUGGAUGUAUUGAGGAUUCGUCCUACUGUUGCAAACACAAAAGCAAAGGAGAAGAGAGUUGACGAUGAAAGUGAUCGUCCGACUAAGAGCAUUGGUGAAAUCCAAGCUAAUGGAGCUUGGUUCAGGAGACUGGAGAACCCAUCAACUCGUGUUAACGGACAGGAGGUAGACGCAGCAAUGAUGCUAUUCAAUGAUAAACGAGAGGAGCAUGCAGCUUAUUUCCACAACAAUCGAUUCCCAAGGGCUGCUUUUUGUAACUCAAUGUUCUUCAGUGAGCUGUUAGAUUUCCACAACAUUUUCAAGAAACCUCGGUGCAAGAAAGAUUUUCCUGAAAAUGUGAUUGAAGUUGUAAAGGGGAACAAGUAUCCAAACAAAAACUGGAAGAAGGAUGUUGAUUUCAUCUAUGGAAUGGCUAAACCAAAGACUUCUCUACACUGGAUUGGUUUAGCGAUAGAUAUGAAGAAGAGGCGAGUCGAGUGUUUUAGCUGCAGACAUCCAAAAGAGCCAAAGGCAAGUAUUUUACAGGUCGCCAAUGAUAUCGCAGAGAUGAUCCCUGUACUACUUUGUGUUGCAGAAAAAGUAAAGCCAAUGCAGAAUCUCGUUCCGUUCGAAGUGGUAUAUGAUUUUGAGGAAACAGUUGCAAAGUCCAGCACAAUAUCCAAUAGUGGCAUCUUUGUACUCAAGAUGAUUGAGUGCCACUUUGUGAAGAUUGAGGACUUUUCAAGAAUUUGUGAUGAAGUUGUUCAAGAUCUGAGGAGCAAUCUGGUUUGGGAAAUCUUUGAUCAUUUUAAGAAAAAGUAG